UAGCGGCUAGCGGCGUGUAGCGCUAACCCCGCAGGUAAACACUCAGCUUGUCAGCCGGGGAGAGGACGGGACGUGGCCGCGCUGCCCGCCUGCUAUAAACGGCGGCCAGCCCCGGGAUUACACGGCUAACGCUUAGUUAAUACGAUGAUCUAAGGAUGUGCGCACUGUCAACACCGUGCUGGAAUUAGCUCGACACAGGCAGUGUCGGUAGUAUGCGUUUAGAUUAUGAGUAACGACCCUCGAGAACGAAUUUCUACAUCACAACAAACACAGGCCAGUCUAUCCAUCUGGGGAUGGGGGGGUCUUGGAGUCGUGCUGUUCCUUGUCACCUUUGGACCCUUUGCCAUAUUUUACCUGGCCUUUUAUAUCUUCUGCUUUGUUGGAGGGGGCUUUGCGGUCACUCUGCUCUAUGGAAAGAUCAACUCAGAGAAACACCUGGAGAAAUGCGAGCACUCUUACUUGCCGCCCACACAGAUUGGUAUAGUGAAGACAUUGGAUGAGAUGAAGCUAGAAAUUAAGCCUAUAAGGAUUGACCGGAGAUUGACUGGCUCCAGUUUUAUAGAUGAACCACUACAACAGGUGAUCCAGUUCGCUCUGAGAGACUACAUCCAGUACUGGUACUACACUCUAAGCGAAGAUGAAUCCUUUAUAUUGGAGAUCAGACAAACUCUGCAGAACGCACUCGUCCAGUUCUCCACACGGUCCAAAGAGGUGGACUGGCAGCCUUACUUUACAACUCGCCUGGUGGACGACUUUGCCACCCAUUUACGUGUCUUCAGAAAAGCCCAGGAUCGCCUCGCUGACAGAGAGGACAAGCAGAGAGACAUAACGGAGGAGCUGGUGGACUCGUUCUUUGAAGCCGAGGUGGAGAUGGAGAGGAAGAUUUGCCGAGACGUAGUGUGCACUUCAAUCAAAGACGAAGAAGGGUUCCUUCGGGACUUGUGUGAGCUGCUUCUGUAUCUGUUACUACCUCCUGGAGAUUUCCACAACAAGAACAUGCGAUACUUCCUAAGGGAGGUGUUGGCUCGUGGUGUGCUGCUUCCUCUGAUCAACCAGCUGAGCGACCCGGACUACAUCAACCAGUUUGUCAUCUGGAUGAUUCGGGACUCCAGUUGUAACUAUGAAGCCUUCAUGAACAUACUGAAGUUGACAGACAAACCUCCUGAGCUGGAGGCUGUCAAGGACAAGGUGGUGGAAGAGCUGCAGUAUCUCCGCUCCCUGGACACUGCUGGAGAUGACAUCAAUGUGAUCAAAAACCAGAUUAACAGUCUUCUGUUUGUGAAGAAGGUGUGUGAGACCAGGAUCCAGAGGCUGCAGUCGGGCAAGGAGGUGGACGCCUUGAAGCUGGCAGCCAACUUCGGCAAGCUGUGUGUUAUCCCCCUGGAUCACAUCCUCGUCCACAACAUAGCCCUGCAGUUCUUCAUGGACUUCAUGCAGGUAGCGGGGGCGCAGGCCGAGCUGUUUUUCUGGCUCACUGUGGAGGGCUACAGGGUGACGGCACAGCAGCAACUGGAGGCCAUGCUGGGCUGGCAGAAAGAUGGCAAGAAGCAGCCCAGCGCCACCAAAGGACUUCUGAAGGCCGCUGCACUCGGUGUCUUCGAACAAUACCUCUCUGAAAAGGCGUCUCCCAGAGUGCAGGUGGAAGAGGAGUCGGUAACAAAACUUGGGGAGAAGCUGCAGAAAGAAGAUCCCACUCCGGAGAUAUUUGACGAAAUCCAGAGACAGGUGUAUGACAUGAUGCUACGUGAUGAGCGCUACUACCCCUCCUUCAAGCAGAGUCCUCUGUACGUCCGCAUGCUCGCAGAGCUGGAUAUGUUGAAAGAACCAAGUUACCGGGGAUCUGACGACGGCGAUGGAGAGUCUUUCAACGGCUCUCCCACAGGAAGCAUAAACCUAUCUUUGGACGACUUGUCCAACUCCUGCCAUGAUGAAUCUAUGCAACUUCAUGCCUUCAUCUCCGACACAGCUGACGCUUGUCUCCCGGGCUUGUGGGGUGCUGCAGGGGUUUGCAACGACCACGGUAAGACCUACGCGCUGUACGCCAUCACUGUGUUCAGACGCAACCAGGAUGGCAGCGAGGAAUGCUGGAAGACCUACCGCCGCUAUUCAGACUUCCACGACUUCCAUAUGAGGAUCAUUGAACAGUUUGAGAACCUGACGUCGAUCCUCAAGCUGCCAGGAAAAAAGACAUUCAACAACAUGGACAGAGACUUCUUAGAGAAGAGAAAAAAAGACCUCAAUGCUUACCUACAGUUGCUGAUGAACCCAGAGAUGGUGAAGGCCUGCCCAACUCUGAUUCCUUAUGUCUACGACUUCCUAGAAAACAAGGCCUACAGCAAGGGCAAAGGAGACUUUGCACGAAAGAUAGACACAUUUGUAAAUCCUCUGAAGAGCUCAAUGAGGAACGUGUCCAAUGCGGUGAAGUCCCUGCCGGACAGCCUGGCUGAAGGGAUGACCAAGGUAUCUGACAACAUGGGACGCAUGUCAGAAAGACUGGGUCAGGACCUUAAACAGUCCAUACUGAAGGUGCCCCCUCUCCUCCCCAAGUCAGACAUCGACCCUGAACACUGUCGAGUCUCCGCUCAGCUCGAUGACAACGUGGACGAUAACAUCCCGCUGAGGGUAAUGCUGCUGCUGAUGGAUGAAGUGUUUGAUUUGAAGGAGAAAAAUCAGUGGCUGCGCAGGAACAUUAAGAACCUGCUGCAGCAGCUCAUCAGAGCGACAUAUGGAGACACCAUCAACAGGAAAAUCGUGGAUCAUGUGGACUACUUGACUUCACCAGAGCAGGUGGCUGACUAUGUCAAGAAGUUCAGGGAUUCCUACUGGCCCAACGGUAUACUGGCUGAGACAACGCCCCGCCGGGACAAGAGCAUCCGCAUGAGGACACGAGUAGCUGCCAAGACCAGCCUGCUGGGUAUCAUGCCAGAUGAACUGAAGCACAUCAUUGGAGCUGACACCACGAGAAAGGGCAUCCUGCGCGUCUUCGACAUGUUCCAGUAUCAACCCAUGAACCGACGGCUCGUCUAUGUUUUCCUGGAGGGCUUCUUGGAGACAAUGUUCCCCCAGUACAAAUUCCCCGAACUCUUUGUCAAGCUGCACUCCCGCUCACCGCGCAUCCAAAGAUACAGCCAGAAACUCAAAUCGUCCUCUCUCAAGAGGUGACAGGAAAGGACGAGGCAACGGGACCGACUAGACCCACACAGACUUGGGAGUGAAGAGUGAGAGCAGGGGCUUGACUUGAAGCUUGAGGUGUGUGUGCGUGAUCUCUGCCCUUCCACUUCGCUCACACCCUUUGGUGAAAAACACUCCUAUGAUCAAGCUGAUUGUCUCGCUUUGAAAACCGAAGGAUGCACAACAGACUGCCCUCCUCUCGCUCUGUGACACACACACAUGCGCAAACACAAGUCCUGUAAUUUGCACCGAGACUGAACAUGGCAGUCUUUUCUUUUAGCUUCCAUGUUUUCUCCCUCCUUUUUGGAUUUUUUUAGUUAUCUAGCUUAAUCCUGGGCCAGUCGAUGCUGCUUUCACAUGGUCCAGAGAGCUGACCACAGAUACUGUAUUGUUUUUAAACUGCAGGAGUAGAUAGCUUAGACCCACACCUUGCCUUACCUUCCUGUUUCUUCUGUCUUUCAGCCAGCUCAGUCUGCCAUCAUUAAGCAGGCCGUCGUUAUAGCUACCCUCACUGCUGUAGACAUGUCAACUGCGAAAUCUUUAUUUUGUUUUCACAGCAACUAAAUAUGUCAAUCACUGAUUUUGAAGAGGCGCUGUUUUUAAAAAUGUGACUGAACAAAUGUAAAUCAAAAGGAGGAUUUUUAUUUUUAUCGUCAGCAUUUUUCCCCUGAGCCUCAAUGCUUCUGUUGACUCAUUAUUUUUUCCCCCUUUUUUCUCGUCCGAAGUGUAAAAUCAUCUGUUCCACCCAUGAUCCUCAAAGAGAAGGCCACAUCCCCUUUAACACUAAUGUCAUAACCUGUGACGACCAAAGCUCACGCUGUUCCUAUGUGUGUGUGUCUGUGAUUGAUGACGGGAUCCUCUAAACAUGCUGUGCAUCAUAUCAAUAAUCGUGUUGGAGCAGGAGAAUGAAGUGUUGACCUAAAAGCUGAGGCUGCAAAAGACGCGCUGAAGUGUGUCACAGUUGUAGGGAGCUCAACUUUGGAGCUAUCGGAGAAUCUAGCUAUCAAAGAAUGUACUCUCCGGUCCAGUCUGUAUUUGGCUCGUGUAGAAUUAAGUGCAAGUGUGUGUGUGUGUGUAUGUGUGUGUUUAGCACGAAGAUCUAACCCUCUUCAGUCAGAAACUGUGCCAGUCUGAGCGAGUGAACCAGCCUUAAACCUACAUAGAGUAUAAACUGACCGAGAGACGCACCCUAGAGGAAGCUCUCCUCCACAUGACUGAACGUUAGAAGAAGAUCAACAUAGAGAUAUGGAGAAAUAUCCCUAAUCACUUUUAUUCAGAGAAGAUUUAAUUUAGUGCAAUAUUUUUUUUCUUUAAUGCAUGUGCAUUUUGAAUCAUUGUAUACUGGAACAAGUAAUUCAUAUUGUUUUUAAAGUAAAGAACACAAAAGAAGUCCCCAGAAACGUCUUCUUAUCCCAACAACUUAACAUUCCGUUGUUGUAACAAUACAAUGUCCAUUUUACAGACUUGUUUUAUAAGUCGGUGGUUUGUUAGUUUUGGGUGUGAGGGGAGUAUUUUCCACUCGUCCCUCACCACUCGAUAGGCUUUUGGGGACGGAUCGGGGUGGGGGGUGGGAUCGGGUCACAGCCUGAUAGUUAGCUCUUCGGGACAUAGCUAGGUCAGAGGCGGGCACAAGACAACUGCUUCUAUUUAACUCGUAGGUGGCGUUUUAUGCAUUAGAGCUCUUUCUGUCAAGUGUGAACAGAUGUCGUGAACGGACAGCUGGAGGGACCGCCCCUUCCUGCCUGUCCAAUAUUCACUCAGAACUCACGGGAGAGCUGCGUGACCUGUGACCAAUGGAAUCACUGCUAAUGAGCACUUACCGUAGCAACUGUGCGAGGGCCUCUCCCGUUGGCCGGACGGAGCCCCGUUCUGCUGCAGCCGUCGGACAGGACUCGCUCGUCUGCUGUGAUUCGCUUACACUGAGCAGCAAUGGUGGACUCUAAUUGGCUGAGGGAGGACAUGAACUGGAUCCUCUCUUACCGGUAGAGGAGGAGAAGUCACCUUUAACUUUCUGCACACCUCUCCAUACAGGAAGGCUUGUCGUUUUCCCCCCCUUUUUUAACCCCCACUAUAUAUGAAUCUAUUAUAAAGAAAAUUGUGCAUAUCUGUGUACAGUAUGUGUUAAUAGUGUGCCUAAAUGUACUGUCAACUCUAUUUUCAUAUUUUUCUUUAACCUAAGAAAAAAAAAAAAAUCAAUCAGAAUGUCAUGAUCAUUUUACGCAACUGAAAAUGACUUUAGGGUGUUUUUUUUUUUUUUGCAUUAUGCUUAUCAAACUGUUCCUUGUGAGCAACUGUGCUCAGAUCAGUAUAACACUAAUAAACGGUUACUCAGACUAACUGA